GAUUAAGACUAGAUUUGAUGACGAGCCUCGUGAUUAACGCUCUAUUUGAACAAACGAACCGGACAUCAUCCACGCCCUCCAACUCCAAUUUUUUCCCCGCCAUUUCUUCAGGCACAUGAACGCAGAAGGCCUUGCCUCCCUCCUGCACCGAUGCUCCAAGAUCAGAGCCUAUCGCCGCGGGAUGUCUCUUCACGGCCUCGCCAUCACGUCGGGCAUGCACUCCGAUACCAUAAUCUCCAACCACGUCCUCAACAUGUACGCCAAGUGCGGCGACAUCUCGCUCGCGCGUCGAGUGUUCGACGGAAUGCCCGAAAGAAGCCUGGUCUCUUAUUCCGCCAUGAUCUCUGGCUGCAGCCAGGCUGGGGACCACGGGAUGGCGCUUGGACUGUUCUCUCAAAUGGGUGUUGCCCCGAAUGAGUAUGUUUACGCUAGCGCCAUCAGUUCGUGCGCCUCGCUCGAGGCGUUGCUGCAAGGCCAGCAAAUUCAUGCCCAUUCGCUGAAGUCCGGCUAUGCGGCCGUGUCUUUUGUCGCCAACUCGCUGAUUUCGUUGUAUAUGAAACUGGGUCGUUGUGAUGAUGCCGAGUCGGUGUAUGACUGUGUUGCCGAACCGAAUACGGUUACUUAUAAUACGUUAAUUGCUGGUUUUGUAGAGAAUCAUCAGACCGGAAAGGGAUUUGAAGUCUUUAAGGUUAUGCAUCAACAGGGUCUUCUGCCGGACAGGUUCACAUUUGUCGUGUUAGCAGGGAUUCCCCUUGAGUCAAAAAAUUUACAGAAGGGAAUGGCUUAUCAUUGUCUAGCAAUCAAGCUCAGACUUGACUCCUGUGCUUUCGUUGGCAAUUUGAUAAUGACUAUGUAUUCCAAGUUCAUUUUGUUUAAUUCGGUGGAGAGGGCGUUUAGAGUGAUCAAAGAUAAAGACUCCAUUUCUUGGAACGCGUUAAUGACUGCUUCUAAUCAGUGCCUUGAUUAUACAAAGAGUAUGAGAAUUUUCAAGCAGCUGAAAGUUGAGUGCACUGUACUGCCUGACGACUUCAGUUACACCAGCGUGAUUGCUGCUUGUGCGGAGCUUGCUUCACUUCAUCAUGGCAAACAGAUUCAUGCUCAUCUGAUUAGAACAAAGCUGUCAUGGGAUGUUGGAGUUGGUAAUGCCCUUGUCAAUCUGUACGCUAAAUGUGGUUCCCUGGAAUAUGCUUGUAGGGUAUUUUGGAGGAUGCUCUCCCGGAAUCUUGUUUCAUGGAAUACCAUGAUUGCUGUGUAUGGCAAUCAUGGGCUUGGAGAGAGAGCCAUUGAAAUUUUUGAGCAGAUGCUUGCAAUGGGAGUAAGACCGGAUUCUAUCACAUUUGUAGGACUCUUGAUAGCUUGCAACCAUGCUGGGCUGGUGGACAAAGGGUUAGCUUACUUUAAUAUUAUGAUAGAGCAAUGUGGGGUAUCCCCUGAUUUAGAACAUUUCUCUUGCCUCAUUGACAUGUUGGGACGGGCCGGGAGAUUAUAUGAGGCGGAAGAGCUAAUUAGUGAAUAUGAUUUUGGGCAUGAUCCGGUUAUAUCAGGAAGCUUGCUUUCCGCAUGCCGGCUGCAUGGAAAUGUUGAUAUUGCGGAACGUCUAGCAAAAAGACUAUUGAAACUCCAGCCUCUGUCAACCUCACCAUAUGUACUGUUGUCAAACUUGUAUGCUUCGGGUAGGGCGUGGGGUGAUGUUGCCGAAGCAAGGAAGUUGUUGAAAGUCAGUGGACUGAAGAAAGAACCGGGCCAUAGUUUGAUUGAGGCUAAUGGGACAUUGAGAAAAUUUACUAUGGGAAAUUUUUCUCAUGCACAGGAAGAUGAGGUGAAGGAUCUACUAAGAAACUUAGAUUGGGCAGUAGGUGACAUUGAUUCAUGUCAAACCAACAUAUUUGUCUCAUGAGGUGCGUCUAUUCCUUUUGUAUUUGCGUCUGUACUUAGCACUGAGAGUUGCCUCCUCAACAUGCCCCUGGGUGCGAAUUUUGAGGGAGCCUUUUGGAGCACUUGGAUAAUCAUUGGAGAUUAAUGGUUCCACCAAUCUUCAGAAAUUUGGAAUAAUAGCCGUAGGAGUGGAGUGAUAAGUCUGGUAGCAUUGGUGGAGAACAAUAUGAAGAGAGGAGGGGAGUGGGGAUUGACAGGCCUCUGGAUUUGUGGAUUUAGACUUCUGCUUUCUCAGGUGGAGCACCUGAAAUUUCCUGGGUUUUUGUGUAAUGCACAGCAAAGAAAGGAGUAUUGAUAGACUGAGAUGUUAACGUAGCCCUUAACAGCUAAUGUGGAGUUGUCCUUUCCCAUAUUGAGUAGUAGAUGUCACCUGUGGUGAUUGAUUAUUAAGUGACCCAAUCUUGAUGAAAUUUACUGCAUGACAAAGUUGAAGAGCUCCACUAGUUGGGGGUUAUGGGCAGUAAUCAACACAGCGGUUCUGGCUUAAACCAAGUAGUUGCAGUAGGCAGCUGUUCGAUCAUCUUUGUUUGGUUCUGGUAUCACCAAUGCAGGAAAAAUAUCCAUUUUAGAAAUGCAAAGCUCCAGUUCGUACAACAAAGCGGUGCGAAGGUUGAGUAAAACACUCCACUCCGGUUCCAAAUAGAGAGGUGGGAAAGGUCGAGCACGGCAAUUUGCUCCGGUUCAUGCAAAAUAGAGGUGCGUUUCAGCUCUGCUCAUAUUUUGCAUUCACAAAAGUAAUGAAUCUAAAAAUUAAUAUGUAAUUAUCAUGGUGAUUCGUUGGUGGAAAGUGAUGAAUCUGAAGAUACAGAAAACUGUGGAAUUCAAGUACGUGAUCCCCUUCGGAGAAGACCAAAAGGUGUAUGAAAUACAUGUUUGAAGAGCACCAGGGAGAAGCGAAAGAGAAAAGCCUCAUCAUGCACAGCAGAAGACCAAAAGGUGUACCAAAUACUUGGUUGCAAGCUUUGAAAAGAAUGAUCUUAUCUGCAGCUCACUUGUAGGAAUGUCCUCUUCUAUAUUGAAUUGCAAUCUCAGUUUAAGCUAUUCAAUCAUCCAGCAGUGCUGAUGAUAGAUCGAAAAAAAAAAGACAGAAAUUCAUCAGCACAUAUGCGAUUACAACUUGAGUUCAGGGGAUUUAAUUUCUUUUC